UGGAACGGCCUGUGGCGGCUUCGACCCAGCUUCGGGUACCCCAGGGCUUCAAAGGUUGUCGAACGGUGCUGGCCCCGAGUCUCGCUGUUUUCUCGUCUUCCCAGCGACUCAGAGGCAGAGCAACCUUGGCCGUGGUGCAAACCGACCCGGGAACCAGAUGAGCAGAGACACCUGCGUCCAAACCUGGCCGUGCUCCUAUUAUUUAGAGCUUGAAAAGCGGUGGGUCCCUGGAAGACUGUCAUUAACUCCUCUCUCACUAAAGUUUACGACUGAUAAAACUAGAGAGACCCUUGUCAGCUUUCCCCUCUCUAGUAUAAAUGAGGUCAAGAAAGAAGCUUCUCAUUUUAUCUUCAGUUCCAUUACCAUCCUGGAGAGGGACCACAGGAAGCACUGGUUCAGUUCCUUGCAGCCUAGUCGAAAUGCCGUUUUCAGCGUCAUUGAGCAUUUCUGGAGAGAGCUGCUGUUGUCUGAGUCAGGAGCUGCCGCUGAGGCCUCCUCCUCCUCCAUGACCAAGGGGAAGGAGCUGACUUGUCUGAUGGCCUGUACUCAGAAGCGUCUGGAAGACACAGCCAAAGUCCUCCACCAUCAGGGCGAGCAACUCGACAGUAUCUCCAGAGGCCUGGACAAGAUGGAAUCUGAUCUGGAUGUGGCUGACAGGUUGCUGACCGAACUGGAGUCUCCUUCUUGGUGGCCCUUUAGCUCCAAGCUUUGGAAGACGCCAUCGGAGACAAAGCCCAAGUGGGACACCUCCAUGGCUGAUUCCAAAGCUCUCGGAAAAGAAGGGAUAGUGAUCCAAGUUCCUGCUGUUAUUUCCCAAAGAACAGAAUCUCAUGUUAAACCAGGAAGACUCACCGUCCUUGUUUCUGGGUUGGAAAUCUAUGACUCAGAUUCUUUGCUCAUGCACAGAUUCGAAAGAGAAGAUGUGGAUGAUAUCAGGGUCCACACACCUUAUGAAAUUAGCAUCCGCCAGCGGUUCAUUGGGAAGCCAGAUAUAACUUAUCAUUUGAUAUCUGCCAAGAUGCCAGAGGUUAUCCCCAUUUUGGAAGUACAGUUCAGCGAGAAGAUCGAGUUAUUAGAAGUUGCCAUGAUGCUCAGAAGCACUAGAACCUCUUCCCUAGCAGAGAAAAGCUACUCAGUCUGGCAGGCAGCAUCUGGACUGAUGGACCAAGCCACGCACUGUGAAUCCUCCUCAGGGAGUCAGGAAGGGAGGCCACUUCAGCUACAGACAAGCGAACCAGUAAUUUCUGAGGAAGACACCCAGGAACUGGGACAGAUCCUGAGGAAGCUCAAAGGUCUUGCGUUAGACACCGAGACAGAGCUGGAGAGACAGGAUGAGGCCUUGGAUGGCAUCACUGCAGCUGUGGACCGGACAACCUUAACCAUCGACAAGCAUACCCGACGAAUGAAAAAACUGACUUAGAAGAAUAGGAAAGCCUAGGGAUGACUGCUUCUGAUGAGAAUCACUUCUGAGUGCAUUGUUCUCAGAUCCUGCAUGCUUCCUUUGAGAUGAAGACCCUGGGAAGUCAGUCCAAGUGCCUGUCCCGGGAGGUGCACAGCUGCCUCAGGAUGAAGGGCUGCCAAGAAAGCGGCUUGGGGUGAUUGUAGCUGCCGCCAAGGGAUUCCCUUGUAGGGAGCUGAAAGUGCACAGGAGGAGUUCUGCCUACAAAUGCAGGGACCUGCCUACCCGCAAGGCCCUCCCUGGCUGCCUGGGGAGUCAGGAGCACACACACGUUCACACAGGCUGAGCCCUACAAGGAGGCCACGGCAGCACGGCGUCUUCAUUCUGAGGGUGAAGCUGGACCCAGGCCUCAGGGACCACUUUGCCUGGCCAGAGUCCCGGGUCUCCAGUGCACAACUAGCUGUAUUUUCAUCCUGUCUCCAUUCUUGAUAACCAUAAAAAGGAUGAUUUAUGUCUCUAUGAAAGAAACUGCUUAUUUCUAACCCUCUGCCUGUUUGAACACUGCAGGCAUAUCCUUUGUCAGGAAAAUCUCUUCUCCAGAAUCACAUUCAGUCCUGAGCCUGCCUCUCCUGCAUGCCCUGCUCAGCACAGACCCCAGUGCCUUCACAUUGUUCCAUUUUUCUCUGAUGGACAGGUCAGUUUCUUUUUGGUUGUACUGUAAGUUCUAACAAAAGCUAAGAGUACACCUGGUACACCUGGAGCUCAUCCUGUAGACACCUGAAAUAUUCUUUUACUGCUCAGUUUUUAGUCAAACAUGAAAGCAGUACAAAUUGCACCUAUUUUAUUUUUUUAUUUGUUAUUAUUUUUUAAUAUAUAUUUAUUUUAAUUGGAGGCUAAUUACUUUACAAUAUUGUAUUAGUUUUGUCAUUUAUCAACAUGAAUCUGCCACGGGUGUGCACGUGUUCCCCAUCCAGAACCCCCCUCCCACCUCCCUCCCCGUACCAUCCCUCUGGGUCAUCCCAGUGCACCAGCCCCGAGCAUCCUGUAUCCUGCAUCGAACCUGGACUGGCGAUUCAUUUCUUAUAUGAUAUUAUACAUGUUUCGGUGCCAUUCUCCCAAAUCAUCCCACCCUCUCCCUCUCCCACAGAGUCCAGAAGGCUGUUCUAUACAUCUGUGUCUCUUUUGCUGUCUCGCAUACAGGGUUAUCGUUACCAUCUUUCUAAAUUACAUAUAUAUGCAUUAGUAUACUGUAUUGGUGUUUUUCUUUCUGGCUUACUUCACUCUGUAUAAUAGGCUCCAGUUUCAUCCACCUCAUUAGAACUGAUUCAAAUAUAUUCUUAUUAAUGGUUGAGUAAUACUCCAUUGUGUAUCUGUACCACAGCUUUCUUAUCCAUUCA